UCCCUCCCUCCCUCCCUCUCUCUCCCCCCUACUUCGGACUUUCUUUCCUCAGCAUCUCCUAGCGCAUCUGCCCAGCCCCCCGCGUCAUGACCUCUCGUGCUGAACUGGACGCCUUUAUCGAGCUUUCGCGGCAUAUUGUCCGUGCGUCGCUCCGGUCGCAGUCGAUCGUGUCGUCUGGCGACGAGCAGCCCGCCGUUUCGGAGGAGGGCCUGUCGAGGCGCAUUUCCAGUGAGGUCCUCGAGCAGCUCAAGGAGCACUCCUCGACCAAGUACAAGUUCAUUGUCAACACCUUCAGUGUGAAGCGGUCGAAAAACAGCACCAACGGCAUCAACGCACAGGCGCUCUGCUACUGGGAUGCCAGCCAGGAUGCCCAUGUUGAGGAGCUGUUUGAAAAUGAGAACUUCAUCAUUCAUUGCUCGGUGUUCAUUCUGACCCAUUAGGCGCCCGGGGCCCGCUUGCCAGGGUCUUCCUUUUCUCGCCCAGGGGACCCUGCCAUUUGGCCCCUUUGCACUUGCAUAUCCAUUUGCAUUUCCCACCUCCUCACAAGCAUUGAUACACGCAAAAUACACGGCAAACAAGCACACACA